GAAAGAAACCACUCGUAACACCACUUCCGGUUGAUGGGGCAUCUCACAACAUCGAGCUAGCUGGAGCUGCGACUGUAAGCUAACGGCUACAUCUAUUGUUGAUAUAUAUUUAACAACACAAACAGAAGAAGAACAUGUCAGAUACGGAGACAAAACCAUCCAGCCAAGACGGAGGGGAUAAGAAGGACGGAGAGUACAUCAAAUUAAAAGUGAUUGGACAGGACAGCAGUGAAAUCCACUUUAAGGUGAAAAUGACGACACAUCUGAAGAAGCUGAAGGAGUCUUACAGCCAGAGACAGGGUGUCCCAGCAAGCACGCUAAGGUUUCUGUUCGAAGGACAGAGAAUCGCAGACAACCAAACUCCGAAAGAGCUGGGGAUGGAGGACGAGGACGUCAUCGAGGUUUAUCAAGAACAGACCGGCGGACUUUGGAAGAAUUAAACCUCCUGCAUUUCUAAAUCUUUCUUUUUUUUUUCUUAUUUUGUAUUUUAUUUUGUAUGUAUGUACGUAUUUUGUGUUCCGUUUCAAACCAUCUGGAUCAAAUCUGACUCUUAUCAGGGCUUCCAUGUGUGAGGGCACGAAGGUGAACAGACUUGAGGUAAGGACGAGGAAAAGGACAGCGGCUCUCUGCUUCGCUGAAGUGCAGGGAUUCUCGUGUAGUUGACCCGAGCUAUAGCGUUCACAUGUUGCACCUAAAUUUACAAAGACAAACAUCUUGUUUUUGUUUGUUAUGCUGUCUUUUUGGGGUUUCAGCAGAGGAAAUAAUGCAAUCAAGGAACAAUCGGCAUUAAAAGGAAUAGUUCCAAAAAGGACAAGGUCCUCUUCAUCAAAUCACGCUUGCAGUCGCAAGACAAGUUGACGUUAUCACAACAUGAUGUCAGAAAGUUGUACAGCUUUGUCUCCGCUUUCCCCGGAAUAUUUUAGCAAAGUGCUUAUGGCCUCUGAGUUUGAGGAGGCUGAAUCAAACCUGUGCCAGCUGUUCCUUUAAAUUUGUAUCUGGCAAGCAGGGAUUUAAAAAAAAAUAACAAUACUGGAACCCUCUUAUUGUACAGAGCAAAAAAAACAAGUUUGCUGGCAUUCCUGUUCUAUUUGUUAAGGGAACAUGACAGAUGUUUGUACACGCAUAGUGUAUCUUAUGUUCAACAUUCAGGGCAUUUAGGCUCACCAGAGAGACGCUUCAGUCCUCCUCAGUACCACACAGAAUGACGAGGAGGUUGUCAACAGCCUCUCUGUGUGCCAUGUUGUGAAGAACUGCACCCUCACUUGUAAAAUGAUGAUGAUAAUUGACCUGUUGCGUUAAUAAUUGAGAUUUUAAACACAUUUUCAAAUGAUAAUUGUGCUUUACUUGUAUAUGUUGUAUUCAGUAUUAGUGUGUUUAAAUGAUAUGCCAUGUGUAUAUCUCCAAUGUCAUAUUUUAUUUAUGUUUGAGGGAUUAUUUCUGUAUUGAUAUAUCUAAAUAGACGCCCGUUACUUUAGUAUUUUACUCGCAGACGGUCACGCAUUAUUUUAAACUCAGAUGAUUUUGUUCUCCAGCAGUUUGUUUAAGGAAACAAGUCUUUCAACUAGUCAGAAUAGUCAUCUACAGUGACAUGUUAUACUGUGGUGUCAGUGGUUGUUUUUGUUCUGCAGCUUUUCUUUUUGUUUUUUAGAACGAAACUCUUAAUCUGUGUUCUGUAUGAAGUUCCUCGAGAAGUGUAAGAUCAGCAGCAGCAGCCCCCAAACUGUGUCGUCUGUGUAAUUAGUGUGAGGAGGAGGUGAAUGAGAAACAAAGAUGUUUGUGUGAUGGAGAUGCUCCACUCCUGAAGGGUGAAAUAACCAACAGCAACAACAACAAAAAAAAAGGCUGUGUUGAUGUCUGCAGACAAUCUGGUUAUUUCACUCUUCACACCUGCUUGUGAGGUUAAAGCAGCUGUGGUUGGUGGUUGAACCUCACCUCUGGGACACUUUUGCUUUCAGUGUGCACAUCAGCUCUCUCUACUGCCAUUCAUAAUGUUUCUCCAUUAUUAAAAAAUAGCAUGUAAAAAGCAACUUUAAAGGACACAAUUAUGCUUUUUCUAAACGAAGUGAAGCAAUGAGUCACAGCUCAUCAAAUGGUUGUCAUUUCCCAGAGGUGUGUGUGCAGCAAAGACUGUCCUUUUUUAAAAGUAAAAUAUUUCCUCAAUUGGAUUUUCUCAACCUGACCGACUGUUAUCAUCUUUCCUUCGUGCGUCCACUCCACACAAACGCUCAGGCAUGAAGGGGCCAUAGCACUGAUCUCGGUGAGGUGAAGGGACUAUUCAUCAUUAGAGGAACAUUGAUACAGAUGGUUUGAAAUUCUGGAGAUGAGCUUUUUGCUUUUUUUUGAAUAAAAUAUUUAAGAAAAUA